AUGUGUUUCUUUAUCGAUGGGCUGGAUGAAUAUGAGGGAGAUCAUGCAAGGCUUUGUCAACUGAUAGAAGAUGUGGCAGCCCUCUCCUAUGCCAAAAUCAUUGUCUCUAGCAGACCACGGGGUGCAUUUGAGGAUUCAUUCGGUAGUUCUACUGAAACCACACUAUCUCUGGAAGAGGUCAAUCGAGGUGAUAUCAACAAAUACAUCAAAUUUCAUUUGGAGGGAAGCCCUUUGCAAAAGAAUAAGGACUGUUCGAAGUAUAAGGAUCUUGAUCUCGAGUCCCUCAGUGCUCAAGCACAGGGGGACUUCCUCUGGGCUGUUUUGGUAACUCGUUUUCUCCUUGAGGAUCCGUCUCCUUUGGUUGAUGCCUACAACGGAGCAGAAAAUGUUGAAGACAUCCCCCACAACUUAUCAGGCCUAGCAAAGAUUGUGGCAGAAUCCCCGAACUUACAGUGUUAUGGAAAAGCUGCUGAGUAUCUGACAAUCGCUCGCGAAGCAAAACGAUGCCUAGCUGCCGAAAUUCUCUUCUUUCACAACCUCGACUUUGCCAAUGAUAUGUACGCUUUUAUGACACCAACGGACCUUUUAUCGCCCCAUGACGAAGAUACAAAAGAACUACAUCACCAGAUUCGUCGUGACAUCAUGCAGACAUGUAGAGGACUGCUGGAAGUUGUCGAUGGCCAAGUUGUCUUCGUGCAUCGAGCUGUUUUGGAAUUGAUACAUUCCGAAGAGUUUUGUAACUUCUUACUCACAAAGGUUCGGAAAGGGUUCGAUUCUGAUCUCUCAGUCUUCAAAGCAUCCGUUUCUUGGUUCAAGCGCAAACGUUUCAGGAGCGGCGAAUUCGUCGACUUACAGCCAGAGCCUGCAGCGGUCAGUUUAACAUAUGUACAGAGCCUUUCAAAGUUUCAUAAGAAAUUAGGGAGUACCUUGCCGGAUUUUCAGGAUACAUUCAAUCACCCAGUCGACGUUUACUGGAUGACAAAGGCUGUCAACAUCCGAGGAGGCUUUCACAACGUAUGCAAGCACGAAAGAUGGCUGGAUGUUAUCAAAGACUUGGGAUAUAGCGACGAUACUGCAGUAUCAGUUUCAGACCCACUCAAGAAGCUGUAUAAGCGAUGGCUUCAUCCAUACGAAGAGCACCUGCACCGAAAGAAGCUAGAAGAACACGAUCCUAUGAAAGAUAUUGAAGACCUUGUUGAGAGCUUAAGGAAGUGUCUUGAAUACGCACGACGUUGCGAUCAAAAGGAAAAUACUGUCGCCACGACUUGGGCACUCCUUGACAACGUUGAAGAAAGUCUGUUGUCCAUGACCGCGAGGAAUCAAUUCAAUAUAUCGGAUGUAUCUAUGGCAAGGGGCAUUUACCGUCAUCUUGUGAUUGAAUCCGGUAUCCAGAGAUACAUCGCGAACAAACUCUGGGUUGAUCCAGGAUAUUGUGAUAACAAAUAUUCACAGAAGUACCGAUCACCUCUAUGUUCUGCGCUUGGAGCGGCACCACAUAACCUUCAUCCUGCGCAUCUAAGUCCAGAGUCUAUGGAUAGAUCACUCUUCAAAUCUCUUCUUGCUCUUGGGCAUGAGCCAAAUAAGUUUCACCAUACAGGGGAGACACCCUGGGUGUCUUUUAUAAACAUCAAUUUGAUAAAUGAGAUAUCUAUUCUCAUGCUUGAACAUGGGGCCAGGCCAGGGGAUCAUGUCGAACUUCUAGACAAGAAAUCGAGGACGUGGAAAGUUCCAAUUUGGUUCAAGUUCCUUAUGCUGGCCCAUUGGGUACCGGCUUUUCAACAAGCCACGUUCGAACGUGUUUUCAGCAUGAUGUUGGAGAGAAACCCAGAUAUUCCAGAUUCCAGAGCUUUAAUGGAACUCAAAUCUGAUGGCGAAACAUAUGAAUGGAUUCCUUUUCCAUUAUGGACAAUCUGUGCUGACAAUUUUGCACUACCUAACAUCUCAGAUUCUAGCCCAUCUGAUGCUGGGUUUGUAUUCAGGAUAUUUGUAGGAAGCUGUGAAAAGAAUCUGAAUAACUUGGAAGUAUCUGAAAGGUCUCGAAAAUAUCUUUCGAGUUACUUCCUUCCAGACUACCCGGAGCUUGGAAGACAAAUACUGAUGCUCAUUCCCGGAAGUGACUCUAGGACGAUAGGUUUCACAACAAUCACCUCGGCCACGCGGCACGGAAACACAGAGAGCAUUAGUGGUCGAAAUUCUACGGUUGCGACUUCAAUUGAGCUUCCAGAAGGUAUCGAAGUUGAAUCUCGUAAAGAAGGUGCAGUGUGCAUUGGUGCGAGAGCAGAGGUGGAUGCAAUCAUUGACGAAGUUGGCUCGAUUCAGUCAAUUGACGAGGACAUUCAGUCACACAACAGCAGCAUUGCACGAACUCCAGGCAUCAUCGCCGCUGAGCGCCAAAUUGGUGACUUGCUUUCCCGGCAUCCGGAUCUCCGCUUUAUCAUUGAUGUAUCCUCAGAACUUAUGCCAAAGGAGAGGCUCGAGCGCAAUAUUCGGAGAUCACUCAAGCAUUUGUAUCUGAAACUCAGAGAACAGACGGAAAAGCACAUCGAAAUCCAGGUUUUGACAACUCGAAUGCUUAAAGGGCGAAGUUCAAGGACUAGAAUCUCAAGAAGAACUGUCGAUGGCGAAUUAGCAUCCCCAUCUCCAAAAAAUAGCAACGAAGAAGACGAAGAAAUCCGGCCGAGCUUCCGGAAGGAUCGAGCUUAUCUCAACAAUUGGAUAUUAAAAACGGAACUGUCUGCGAGACCAGAUGAAAAGCCUCAGCAGCCAGUAGAUGCGGCUGAUGAUACCAAGCUGACAGAAAGUGACGACGACAUGUGUGAAGAAAGAGAGAGUGAUUCAGAAGAAUUCCAAGCAGUUCAAGUCGCAAAAGAAUUUCUCAUGAAGGGUCCUCCUUUUCAGGCGUUCUUGGCACAUCUUGGACUCUCAUUAUUACCUGAUACUCUCAGACAGGUCAUGCAAUUAGCUGCCUGGGAUACCAUUGAACUGAUCGAUACUCCGGCUGAAGUUUCAAUUUCUGAUGAAAUCAAAACUUCCGUGGAGAAGCUGACCGGCAGCCCCUGGGAUUGGUGGCCACUCAAACCGCCGGAGGUACCUUUGCGAAGGGGCUAUGUGCGAAUGAACUGGGCUUGCCAUUGCGGUAAGCCGUUUUGGGUACAUAUUACUCCUUCUCAGGCACAAAUUAUUGAUAGAAUGGUCAAGAACCCCACCACGUUCGCUGAAGACCAUUGCAAGGCCACUCAUGCCAGGCGAAAUACUUUCCAGAGGGUCACGGCAUGGUUCAAAUGGAACUCUGGAACCCUUUUGCCUGUUUCGACUCCAGUAUCCCAAGAUAGUCAACAACCGUCUGGUGUGGGCGGCAAUAACCGAAUCCAACAGGGGGUCGCUACUACAGAGCAGAACAACAUCCCGCCAGUGACUAUUGAUGAUUUAAGGAUCUUAUUUGGAGUACCAAUGGGGCUUAAGACGCUACAUGUGAUCCCAAUCCCGGUCAAUCAACCAGACAGCAACGUUUUUCCACAAUUGAAGGCUGAGUAUAGAAGAAUGCGAGGCCGAUGGAGAGCUUGGUUCUCUUUCUGGCAGCUCAGUCACUGCAAUUUCGUUAAGUUUGAGAGCAUUGCCCGUAACAUUGUUGUUGCUUGUGGCCAAGAUCUGCCAAAAGCGAGCGACCUGGACUACGAUUAUACACCAAAGCCACCUCAAGCAUCAAUACCACCUGUUCAUCCACAUAUCUUCGAAGCUGCAUUCAACAGCUGCACUGGGGGUAAAUGCCGAAACCCCUCUCCCUUUCACGACUGCUAUGAAUUUGAAGAAACGACCUACAUAAAGCGAAUUCCGAAGAAAAAGACACCACUUUCUCCGGGAGCGAUUGACAUGCCUAUUUGGGGGCUCGAGGCCCGGCAUUGCAUCUCGUGCUUUCACGUCAUAAUAUACCACUUGCUUAUUCUGGUUCCUCCUUUUGUGUUGUGGGGAUGGUGGAUGAGUAGGCAUCCCGAUGACAUACAGAGCGCAUCUGUUCCCAUGACUAUUGUUUUGGCAAUGAUUUCUAUGUUUUGGAGUGCUACUGGAAUUAUGAAGCAAUUUCGUGGCGAGCCAUAG